CGAAUUCCUGUCACUGUUGCAAGUAUUACAAAGCAGACGACCUCCAGCAGCCGCUCUACCGAUUUCCCGCACUUUCUCAGAUUUCACCCAUCCCACUUAGCAGGCUAGGAGAGGCAUCGCCAUGGAUCGAUUUCCGCCUCACAAAGUUCUUAUAUUAGAAAGCUCGUUCCGACAGUCGCCAUAUCCAUCAGACCAGGAAAUACAAAGCUUAGCACAGCGUCUGAAAGAAAAAACCAAACGUAUCAAGACUUGGUUUUCAAAUAGACGUACAAAAGCAAAGAGGAUUCUUGCUAAAAUUCGCAACCAAUCGGAGAAGCGAGUUCAUUUCAAAUGUGUGCGUGGAAAAUACAUUUGGAAGGCUUGUUCAUCUAAUACAGUCAUUCAUCCAUCAAAUACGUCAGCUCUCAUUACGCAUUCUUCAUCAUUCGAUAUGUGUCUAUCAACGUCUGACGUCAUUGUGUCCAACCAAUCCUCUACACCACUAGAAAUUGCACCACCCAAUCACAUAACCAGUUCCGGUCAAAGAAUAACCAGAACCAAACGCCCCAGAUCAUGUUUUACCUGCGAAUCAGAAAACAAUAUAGCUGCUGAUCGGAAGGAACGGUAUGCACGUGGUCGACGGUACGACGGGUAUGAUCGAAAAACUCUUCAGGAAAGAAUGGAAAAUCCGCAGUACGACGGGUAUGGUCGAAAAACACUUCAGGAAAGAAUGGAAAAUCCGCAGUAUACGACGGGUAUGAUUGGAUAGCAGAUUUAGAGUACCAGGAACUUAUGCAAGAAAUGGACACUCAGUGAGAGAAAGAUU